UGAACAUAAAGCAUACGGUUUUGUUUCUUAUCUGUACUGAAAUGAUAUUGAGGUGAUAGUGUCAAAAUCAAGCACGGAUCUGUUCAUUACAUAAAUAAUACCACACUUUUAUCGUCGUUUAGAAUACGGAAGCUUUUAAAAUGGCGAGUGAAGAGGAAGACAGUAAAUACGUGAAUCGCUUGGGGGAAUCGAGUAGAAGGAUCUGCCAUGAUGAACUACAUGAAAGAAAUGAUGCAGAUACGAUGAUUGCUGUACAAACCUUGCGGAAGUGGGUAUACGAGCACAAGAGGCUUAGAACACCGACAGACUAUCGAUUUCUACUCAGUUUCCUUCGCUUUCGCAAGUUUAGUCAACUUGAGGCCCGGAAAGCUUUGGAACAGUUCUGGACCGUGCGCUGUUCACAGCCAGAGUGGUUUAUGGGGGAGGACCCAACAGAUCAGCUUAUGCAGAAGAUCAUAAAAAUGCAAAUGAUGUGCUGUCCAAAACAACGAGACAAACACGGCCGUCGCGUCAUGUUCAUGAAGUUUGACAAAGUCGAUGUCGGAUUUAUAAAGACAACCGGGCUGCAUGCGUUGUAUAAAGCAAGUUCGCUCGUGUUGGACUGGUUGGUGUACGACGAACAUGUGCAAGUUGAAGGUCAUGUGAUGGUCAUCGACUUCCGGGGUUUAUCGUUCAAUUUGUUUAAAGCGAUGUUCAACAGAGAACUUGAGGAAAAGUACGAAGAAUACUUCAACCACGCCUUGCCAAACCGCAUGAAGUCAAUUGAUGUUGUGAACGAACCACAAUUCUUUGACCUGAUUUGGGCAAUGAUAGCUCCCGUCAUGCCACAGAAAAUGAAAGAUCGGUUUCACCUGCACGGCCAAAGUCUUGUGAAAAUAUACGAAGAGGUUGGAUACGAAUGUUUACCGGAAGAGUACUUACCGGAUGAAUAUGAUGGUCCAAAGGCUGGAACUUGUGAUGAAAUCGUUGAUUGGAUGAUAGAAGACAUGACGCAGCCGAAGUUUCUGGAGUACAUCCGUGACCUCUCCAGCGGCAAAUACGGGGUUGACAAGGUCAAAGAUAAUCCCACAGAAACAGAGGGAUCGUUCAGGAAAAUUGUGGAAUAGGAAAAGUUUGACAAUUGCAGUAAACCAUGUCAAGUACUUGUAAAUGUUGUAGUUUCGUAGCGUAUGUAACACAUAACUUGUCUGUUUUCUUAUUUACCAUGGCUAGUUAGUAAUUUUGCGGAUAUGAAUAUAUGAAUAUAUAUAUAUAUA